AUGAAUGAAAUGCUGGAAAGUACACCUCUCAAACCGAAUAGCACCGGCUGUUCUACUCUGUCAGGCUCCAAAAAACUGACAGCUGAUGCUUCAGUACAAGAGCUUGUGUGUGAACAUGAUGAGACAUUCCAACAAGAACAGAUUUCGUCUGCAUCAUGCAAUUUCAAAGACUCUCAACUAUCCAAGUGGGAUACCAGGAAGACUUACCUUGUUUGGCUAUUAAUCUGCUUUUCUACAGGUCCUACGGCUGCGAUGAUGAGAUCGUAUGUCCCUGCAACGAUACAAACAACAGCACAUGCGUUAGGUCAUCCAAAAGGUUCAUCUGGUCCCUGUUUAGCCACAGGGGACGACUGUUAUGUUACUUUUAGUUACGGAACAGUUCAAUACACGUCUUUUUCUCUCUACUUAAAGGCCAUUUAUACGUCUUUAGAAGGUGCGAUUGCAAUUUUAAUGAUGGCCUUCGCUGAUUAUUCGGACUAUAGAAAAUGGCUAAUGAUUGGCGCAACGGCAUCGUAUGGUAUCUUUGCUAUUCCAUUCUACUGGUUAUCCGAUACUAAAAAAUAUCAAACCUUAGUCCAGCAAUCAGUGUUGUAUUGUCUUAUGCUUUGCUUUGGUACAAUAUACCAAAUCACUGAAAGCUCAUACAUUCCUGUCUUUAUGAAUGCAAGAAAACUUGCUUUACAAGAUGAGCACAAUUCAAAACAAGGUGGGGUCAUGUUGCGAGGUGUUAACGUCAGCACCUGGGGUCUUGUUGUUGGAAAUAUUGGGGGAAUUAUCGCUUCUUUAGUUGGAGUUAUUAUUACCCAUGCAUCUUCUCAUCCUUCAAACAAGGACUUUCUAUUGGCAGUGACUGUUGCAGGAUUCGUCACUACAUUUAUAUCAAUUAUAUGUGCAAACCUAAUACCGAGCUUGAAAGGAAAAGAAUUCCAGAAUAAAGGUGUGAGAGAUUUGAUAAUAAUGCCAUUGGUUAGAUUCAAAGAAAUUUUUAUGGAUUUAUUGGAUUACAGAGAAGCAUUCAAAUUCUGUGUUGCUUGGGUACUUUGGAAUAUUGCGUAUUCGAAUUUUCUCUCGGUAUUCGGAUUACUCUUCAGAUCGACCAUGGGAAUCGGUUCAUCGGAUGCUGAGUUUGCCAUUUGGCAAUUUAUGAACCUAAUAGUUGCCUGUUUAGGGCCAUUAUGUUGGAUGGCAUUUUACUCGUACGCCUGCAGCAACAAACCAAGCUUCUACAGCAUCACGUACAUGAAACGAUCAUUGUAUGGGAUGUUGUUAGUGGGAACAUUCACCAAUUUUUGGGGAUGUCUAGGAACUAACUUCAAUAGUAAGGUUGGCUUUAAAUAUCGAUGGGAAUUCUGGUUAUUUCAGAUUUUGUUCGUUAGCACAAGUUCUGGUAUCAGAACAAUCAACCGCGUUGCAUAUAGUGCAAUGUUACCUACAGGUAAAGAAAACCAAUAUUUUGGCUUUGAAGUAAUGCUUGGUUUAUGUACUGGUUGGUCUGAAUCUUUGAUUGUUGCUUUACUUCAAGAUAAGACAGGGAACUCCAGGAUGCCAUUCAUUCCGAACACAUUAUUAUAUUUGGUGGCUCUACUACUAUUCUUCAGUGUCGAUGUAGAAAAAGGGAUGAAGCAAGCCGGGAAAUGUGGUUAA